CGACCGAUCAACGCACAAAAUUGAGCAGAAGACCAGUGAUCCGUGACCAAGAUGCCUGUGAUUCCUCCUCAACAGCUGGUAGCGCUACAGAGUACUCCAGAGAAUAUCCGCAACAUCUGUAUUCUCGCACAUGUCGACCACGGAAAGACCUCACUCUCGGAUGGCCUGCUCUCCUCGAACGGAAUUAUCUCGCCAAAGUUGGCUGGUCAGGUCAGAUACCUAGAUUCAAGAGAAGAUGAACAGCUACGUGGUAUUACUAUGCAAUCGUCGGCUAUCUCCCUUUUCUUCCGCACCCUCAAGGCUCCUCCACCAGAAAUGCCCGAUGCACCCCCAACUGCGACUGAUCACCUUAUCAACUUGAUCGAUUCGCCAGGACACAUCGACUUCUCAUCUGAAGUCUCCACCGCAUCCCGUCUCUGCGAUGGUGCGCUCGUUUUAGUUGAUGUCGUCGAAGGAGUUUGCUCACAGACUAUUACCGUCCUUCGACAAGCAUGGUUGGAGAAGAUUCGGCCUGUGUUGGUGCUGAACAAGCUCGACAGACUGUUUACCGAGUUGAGACUGAGCAGUGCCGAGGCUGCGGCACAUUUGAAUAAGGUUGUGGAGCAGGUUAAUGCCGUUAUGGGAUCUUUCUUCGCUGGUGAGCGUAUGGAGGAGGACAUGAAGUGGCGCGAGGGAAAGGAGCGACGGAAGGCUGCGGGAGAGUUGACAGAGGAAGAGUUCGAGGAAAAAGACGAUGAAGACAUUUACUUCGAGCCAUCCAAGGGCAACGUGAUCUUCGCCUCCGCUAUCGACGGAUGGGCAUUCCGUCUCUCCCAGUUCGCGCAGCUGUACGCACCCAAGCUCGGUGUCAAGCCCGAAAACUUGCAAAAGGUUUUGUGGGGCGACUACUAUCUUGAUCCUAAGACCAAGCGUGUCUUGCAGGCGCGACACUUGAAGGGCAGGAACUUGAAGCCGAUGUUUGUGCAGUUCGUUAUGGACAAUGUGCACGCCGUUUAUCAAAACACAGUAGUGGAGCGUGAUACUGAGAUGGUUGAGAAGAUCGUCAAAGCCCUCGGCGUGAAGAUUUUGCCUCGCGAUCUCAGGGCGAAGGAUGCGCGUAUUACUCUUACCUCGAUCAUGUCUCAGUGGCUUCCGUUGUCGACUGCUGUUCUUCUGGCUGUUAUUCUGGAGCUUCCGUCUCCUCUCGCUGCCCAAUCUGCUCGUAUCCAGUCCAUGCUUGAGGAAGCACCUGGAGCUGAGGCGAUCGACCAGGAAGUGAAGCAGAGUAUGCUUGCGUGUAAUGCCAACGGACCCGUCAUGGCAUAUGUCAGUAAGAUGGUUGCUGUGCCUGAAGAUGAGUUGCCAAGGAACAAGAGGAGACAGCUGACGGCCGAUGAAAUGAGAGAGCAAGGAUUGCUGCAAAGGGAACAGCGCGAACGACAGGUUAGGGAGGCUCGUGAAAGGGCGGAGAGGGCCGAGGCCGAGGCAAACGGUGUACCGCUUGAGGAAGCUAUGCAGAAGGCUUCAUUGACCGAUGCGCCAACUGAAGCACAGGUAGCAGAGGGUGAAGAUGCGGUGGAGAUGCCCGAAGAGGAGGAGUUCGUGGACGAGAAGAAGGAACACAUGAUUGGUUUCUCACGCAUCUACUCUGGAACCGUUGCCGUCGGCGACGAGUUGCUUGUCAUGGGACCAAAGUACAACCCUGCACAGCCCGACCGUCAUGUCUCACGCGUCACGAUCACGGACCUUUACCUCCUGAUGGGACGUGAGCUUGUCGCCUUGGACAAAGUUCCUGCCGGUAAUGUCUUUGGUGUCGGUGGUUUGGAGGGUAAAGUUUUGAAGAACGGUACCAUCUGCUCUGUUCAAGGUGGUGGUGUGAACUUAGCUGGUGUGAACAUGGGUUCUGCGCCUAUCGUCCGGGUUGCCCUCGAGCCUGCGGACCCUAGGGACAUGCCUAAACUUGUGGACGGACUGAAGCUGUUGAACCAGGCCGAUCCUUGCGUUGAGGUAUUGGUUCAGGAUACCGGUGAGCAUGUCAUUCUUACUGCCGGUGAGUUGCAUCUGGAGCGGUGCCUGAAGGACUUGAGGGAGAGGUUUGCAAAGGUUGAAAUCUACUCUUCGAAACCAAUUGUGCCGUUCAAGGAGACGAUUGUCAAAGCACCUGAGAUGGCGCCUCUGAAAGAGGGUGUUGAGAAGAGGGGCGAGGCUGUGACAACCAUCUCUUCCGAGAAGGUCGGUGUUAAGAUCAGAACAAGGCCGUUGCCUGCCGCUGUUACCGAAUACUUGGUCAAGAACGCUGCUUCUUUCCAGAGAAUGUUCAAACAUGAGCAGCAGCAAGUGAGUGUAGGUGAGACUACGACAGCCCUGGAUGGUGACAUUGUGGAGGACGAAGAAACCCUUCAGACCGAGAAGUACCUCAGCAAGGAGGACUUGAAAGCGGGUCUUGAAGAGGCUUUCGCGGACAAAGAGAACGACGACAAGUUUGAGUGGAAGGGUAUCGUCGACAAGAUCGUUGCUUUCGGCCCUAAGCGCAUCGGACCUAACCUCUUGGUUGACUCGACCAGUGAGAAUUGGAUGAGGAAGGCGUUCCACGGCGACUCUGAGGAAGACAGGGCCCGCCAGUCCGGUGCUCUGACUGCACGCGACUUCGAGGAUUACCUCUACACUGGUUUCCAGAUUGCCACACUUAGGGGUCCUCUUUGUCAUGAGCCCAUGCAGGGUAUUGUAUGUUACGUUGAAGACGUAACCGUCGAGGACGAGGUCGAUGAAAAUGGCACAAGCGUAUUGAGAUCGCAGAUGGGUCAAAUCUCUGGCCAGUUCAUGACGGUCGUGCGUGACGCCAUCAGACAAGGUUUCUUGCAAUGGUCACCACGCCUUCUGCUUGCCAUGUACUCUGUCGACAUUCAGGCAUCCACCGAUGUGUUAGGCAAGGUUUACGGAGUCGUAGCCAGGCGACGAGGAAGGAUCGUUGCGGAGGAGAUGAAGGAGGGCACGCCUUUCUUCACCAUCAAGGCCGUCUUCCCUGUUGUUGAGUCUUUCGGUUUCUCCGAUGAUAUCCGCAAGAAGACCUCCGGUGCAGCAAGUCCGCAGCUUAUUUUCAAUGGUUUCGAGAUGCUCGAUAUCGACCCAUUCUGGGUGCCGACCACGGAGGAGGAAUUGGAGGAUCUAGGAGAACUUGCUGAACGUGAGAACGUAGCAAAGAACUACAUGGAUGCUGUAAGGAGGAGGAAGGGGUUGUUCGUGGAACGGAGGCUGGUCAAGGGAGCUGAGAAGCAGCGUACCCUCAAGCGUUGA